AUGUCUACCCCCGAAAUUCUGUCCAUCCCACCUGCGGAGAUCACAAGCAGCAAAUCUCAUAUUCUGCCUGGGCAAUUGCAUGUUACAGAAUUCUUCUUCACCGUCCCUCUCGACUACAACAACAUCGAUGGCGGUUUAAGCAUCAAGCUGUUUGCCCGUCGAGUCAAGAAGCAUGAGGUUCCCAUCUUCCCUCCCGAAGAUGAUGAGAACAAGAACAAUGCAGAUUGCAAAUCUGAAGAGGCGCCUAAACCAUACAUGGUCUAUCUCGAAGGUGGCCCUGGUUUUGGCAAUCGUGAACCGCAAGAUCAUCCUCUUACCCACCACGCUCUAGCAAGGGGAUACCAGCUUCUUCUGCUCGACCAUCGCGGCGUUGGACUGAGCUCACCAGUCAGCCAUGAAGUUCUCAGCCAGUGCUCCGACAAUGUUCAAUACCGUGCUUCCUACCUCGGCCUCAUGCGUCAAGACAACACAGUUCGUGACUGUGAGGCUGUCCGCAAGUGCCUUACCGCCUCAUGGCCCGCCUCUAAGCAGACAUGGUCUCUCUUCGGGCAAUCCUACGGAGGUUUUGUUUCUCUAUCCUACCUUUCUAUGCACCCAGAAGGCUUGCGAGAAGUCUUUCUCACUGGCGGUCUGGCCCCUGUGGGUAAGAAACCCGACACAGUAUACGAAGCUACCUUCCGCAGAGUUAUGGAACGCAACGAGCAAUAUUACGAGAAGUUCCCAGAGGAUGUGGAAAACGUCCGUCAAAUUGCUAGUUAUAUCGAGAGUAAACAAGGCAAGAUUCCUUUGCCGUCGGGAGGCUUCCUCACAGUUCCCCGUCUCUUGACUAUGGGCAUCUCCUUUGGAGGUCACGGAGGCUUCGCUUCGGUCCACGCGGCGAUCUUGACUCUGAAAACAUCUCUUGACAUGUUCGGGUUUCUCACUAGAGCAUCUCUAGUGCCACUUGAAGGCUGGACUCCAUUCGAUACUAAUAUCAUCUACGCCAUCCUCCACGAAGCAAUCUAUUGUGAUGGUCCCGGCGUGCCAUCUUGCUGGUCAGCAAACCGUGUGGGAAGAUCUCUCAAGCCCUUUGCUUGGCUCAACAGCGACUUCUCCACGGCUUCAACCAGUGGACCGCUCUACUUUUCAGGUGAAAUGAUCUUCCCUUUCCAUUUUGAGACACACCCAGAGCUCCAGAUGCUUCGUGACGAGGCUGAAAUCCUAGCCAACCGCGACGACUGGCCUGCGUUAUACGACCAAGACAAGCUUCACAACAACAAAGUUCCUGUAUAUGCUGCAUCAUACGUCGAGGACAUGUAUGUUGAUUACGACUUUGCCAGAGACACAGCCAAGCUUGUCAAGGGCACCAAAACCUUUGAGACGAACGUGAUGUAUCACUCGGCUUUGAGGGCAAAGUCAGAGGAGGUUUUACAUCAGCUGUUUAGUCUGAGAGAUGAUGUUAUUGAUUAA